AUGGCAGAUUCAUCCUCGAAGCUACCUCAAAAUGUAUCGCUUAAACGGAAACGAAGUGAUGAGUCGAUCAAUGGCCCGAUCGACUCCAUAUCUCCACUCAACGCGUCCACACUAGACCAAGUCGAGCCUGUUUCCGGCCUCAAACCUCCUCAAACCGAGCCAAUCGAGCAGAACAAAGGAAAGGGGAAAGGAAAAGGAAGAGGAAAGAAGGCCGCGCCCAAGCCGCCGAAGCGGACCCCAUCUGCGCCAGUGCCGGAGGCAUUGAAGCGCCUCUCACAAACACACCGAGCCUUGAACCUCAUUUAUACAUUCUGCUGCACGCGCAAACACUUCGCCACAACAUUCGAUAACAUCAAAAAGGCAGUUCAGUCCCAACUUGGCCAAGGACGAGAACUGACCAUCGAAGAUGUCGCACGCGUCAAGGUUCUGGUUCCCGGGGCCGUCCGAUUCGAGUACGUGGACGAAGCCAAACUCGAAGUCAUGACCAUGGGCGACCAAGAGAUGGCACCGUAUGGGGCGCGAAAACGCCAAAACCUGGACGACGCGACAGAAACCGACACCGAAGAUCAAGGUCUUGACUGCCUAGGUGACACGAAGCAUGUCCUUCUAUUUGAAUUCGUAGACGGCGAUCUAAAACGGGAAGUACUGCAUCCGAAGACAGGGCAGCCUACGAAACCCGUGCGUCGGAUGAAAGAUGAAGAUCUGAAAAUGCCCGUCUACAGUCAAAAGCAGAUGCUAGGAUUGAUCGAGAAGCGGAAUUCCAAGUUCUCGGACGCUAUGGACGCGUUCCUGGUACAAUGUGAAGAUAACCAGACAGAUCCGGUCGAGUGUCUUGAACAAGCGAAAGACGCCUUCAUACCUACUCCCCCUAAUAGCGGAGAGAAUACUCCUGCUCUGGCAGCAAGAGCGCCGGCAACUAUCCCCAAAGAGCGAAAACCCAUUGAUGAGAUUAUUGCGGAGAUUCGGGAUAUGGAAUGGUACCAUGCUCAAAUUGUACCUGAAGGCCAUCGGGUCUUUGAAGCACAGUCUCCUGCUUUUGGUGACUUGACAUUUCAACUGUCGCAGGACCUCGUCAAUGCCUUGUACAACACCAAAGGCAUUACCCAGCUCUAUGCCCACCAAGCAGAGGCAAUCAAUCACUUGUAUGAUGGACACAAUGUCAUAGUGUCAACCUCAACGAGCUCUGGAAAGUCACUCAUCUAUCAAGUCCCCAUGCUUCAUGAGCUGGAGAAGGACUCAGAGAGCAGGGGAAUGUAUAUUUUCCCAACUAAAGCUCUGGCACAAGAUCAACGCCGCAGUAUGAUGGAUCUUCUGCAAUACAUGGAAGGGUUGCAGCAUACUAUGGUCGAGACGUUUGAUGGAGAUACUCCGAUGAGCAGUCGGAACAUGAUCCGAGAUGAAGCACGUAUCAUCUUCACGAAUCCAGACAUGCUGCAUAUCACAAUUUUGCCACAAGAAGGUGCCUGGCGGACCUUUUUGAAAAACCUCAAGUUCGUUGUAGUCGACGAAUUGCAUGUUUAUAAUGGCCUGUUUGGGUCUCAUGUCGCGUUCGUCAUGAGAAGGCUUCGCCGAAUAUGUGCCGCGGUAGGCAACCGCCACGUCAAGUUCAUAUCUUGCUCUGCUACUGUUGCAAACCCCGAAGAUCACAUGAAAUCUGUCUUCGGGAUAGAGGAUGUGAAGUUGAUUGACUUCGAUGGCUCGCCCUCUGGGCGGAAGGAGUUUGUUUGCUGGAAUCCCCCAUUCAAAGACCCCAAAGAUCCUACCUCUGGACGGACUGACACUGUCGCCGAGACGGCCCGACUGUUCAGUCAGCUUAUCCUCAGAGGCGUGAGGGUCAUAGCUUUCUGUCGGAUCAGGCAGCUAUGUGAGGUGCUUUUACAGGCUGUGCGAAACGAGUUUGACAGGCUGGAGCGCAGCGAAGUUGGGAAGAUGGUGAUGGGUUACCGAGGCGGGUACAGUCCUCAGGACCGACGUCAAAUUGAAAAAGAGAUGUUUGAGGGAAAGUUGAUGGGGAUUGUUGCGACCAGCGCCCUGGAGCUGGGUGUCGACAUUGGCUCCUUGGAUGCCGUUGUGACCAUGGGUUUCCCCUAUUCGAUAUCCAACCUACGGCAACAAAGCGGCCGUGCUGGACGACGCAACAAGGACUCCCUCUCGGUGCUGAUUGGGGACAAAUUCCCAACCGAUCAGCACUACAUGCAAAACCCAGACGAGAUCUUCACACGACCAAACUGCGAACUACAGAUCGAUCUGACCAAUGAACUCAUCCUCGAGGGCCAUGUCCAAUGCGCUGCCUUUGAGAUGCCCAUUCGCCCGGAAGAAGACAGCGUAUAUUUCGGCCAUCAACUUCUCGCCUUAGCCCCGACGCGGCUCACCAAAGACCCUCUCGGGUUCUAUCACUGCCACGCCCGAUUCCGACCCCAGCCCUGCCGCUGCGUCUCAAUCCGCGACACCGAAGACCAACACUUCGCCGUCAUAGACACAACCAACAACCGCAACAUCGUCCUUGAAGAAGUCGAAGCCUCGCGCGCCUUCUUCACAAUCUACGAAGGAGGCAUCUUCCUCCACCAAGGCACGAACUACCUAGUGAAAGAACUCAAUCCAGAAAAGUUCUUCGCCCGCGUCAUCCGCGUCCACGUAGACUGGAGCACCAUGCAAAGAGACUACACAGACAUCGACCCAAUCGAAACCGAAACCAUGCGCAGCGUCAGCGCCGACUCGCGCUCCAGCCGAGCAUUCUUCGGCACAAUCCAAAUCCACGCCGUCGUCUACGGCUUCUUCAAGGUCGACAAACGUGGCCGUGUUCUCGACGCCGUCGCCGUCGACAAUCCCCCCAUAGACCGCCUAACCAGAGGAAUGUGGCUGGACGUACCCACUCGCGCCAUUGACAUCCUCCAAUCCCACCGACUCAACGUCGCUGCCGCAAUCCACGCAGCCGAACACGCCGUCCUCUCGCUCCUGCCAUCAUUCGUCGUCUCGUCACCCGGCGACGUCCGCACCGAGUGCAAAAUCGCCAAGAAGGAACUCGGCCGUCCGCUGCGUCGGGCGAACGUCCCCGCUGAAUUUGAAGAUAAGCUCAAACCGCCUUCGCGGCAGCGGCCUGCUCGGCUUACGUUCUACGAUGCGAAGGGCGGGUCGUGCGGUUCCGGUAUUGCGGGUAAGGCCUUUGAGUUCAUUGGGUUGUUGCUUCGGCGGGCGGUUGCGCGGAUCGAGGCAUGUUCUUGUCUUUCGCCGCAGGGGUGUGUGGAGUGCGUUUGUGAUGAGCGGUGUAGGGAUAUGAAUGUUGUUAUGAGCAAGGCGGGCGCGGGGGUUGUGUUGCGGUGUUUGUUGGGGUGGGAUGUUGACGUUGAUGCAUUGCCGUGGGGCGAGGAUCUUGAUGGUGAGGUUGGGGCUGGCAGAGAGCUCGCAGGGGGUUUAGAGACUGUGGUUAGAGCUGAGGAUGUUCCGUGGAAGGCUGGGGUUCGGGCUGAAGUCACGAAGUGA